AUGAGUGGCCACGCUAUCGACCCAACACAUACAGACACACUUUCCAUCCACGCCAACCCACAGAAGGAUCAGUUCGGUGCUAUUGUUGCUCCAAUCUACCAAACAUCCACCUUCCUCUUCGACAACUGCGACCAGGGUGGUGCUCGUUUCGGUGGCAAGGAAGCCGGUUACAUGUACACACGUAUCGGUAACCCAACAAACUCCGCACUCGAAGGCAAGAUCGCCAAGCUCGAACACGCUGAGGCAUGCGCUGCCACAGCUUCUGGCAUGGGUGCUAUUGCUGCUUCUGUCUGGACAUUCCUCAAGGCCGGUGAUCACCUUAUCUCCGACGAUUGCCUUUAUGGCUGCACACACGCCCUCUUCGAGCAUCAGCUCCGCAAGUUCGGCGUUGAAGUUGAUUUCAUCGACAUGGCUGUCCCAGGAAACAUUGAGAAGCACUUGAAGCCAAACACAAGAAUCGUCUACUUCGAAACACCAGCUAACCCAACAUUAAAGGUUAUCGACAUCGAAGACGCCGUCAAGCAGGCCAGAAAGCAGAAGGAUAUCCUCGUUAUCGUUGAUAACACCUUCGCUUCACCAAUUCUUACAAACCCACUCGACCUCGGUGUUGAUAUCGUCGUUCACUCCGCUACUAAGUACAUCAAUGGCCACACCGAUGUUGUCGCCGGCCUUGUCUGCUCAAGAGCUGACAUCAUCGCUAAGGUCAAGUCCCAGGGUAUCAAGGAUAUCACAGGCGCCAUCAUUUCCCCACACGACGCUUGGCUCAUCACAAGAGGCACACUUACACUCGAUAUGCGUGUCAAGCGCGCUGCCGAGAACGCUCAGAAGGUCGCUGAAUUCCUCCAUGAGCACAAGGCCGUCAAGAAGGUCUACUACCCAGGCCUUCCAGACCAUCCAGGCCACGAAAUCGCCAAGAAGCAGAUGAAGAUGUUCGGCUCUAUGAUCGCAUUCGAUGUCGACGGAUUAGAGAAGGCCAAGAAAGUCCUUGACAACUGCCACGUUGUUUCUCUCGCCGUUUCCCUCGGUGGUCCAGAAUCCCUCAUCCAGCACCCAGCUUCAAUGACACACGCUGGUGUUCCAAAGGAGGAACGCGAGGCUGCUGGCCUAACAGAUAACCUCAUCCGCCUCUCUGUUGGCUGUGAGAACGUUCAGGAUAUCAUCGACGACCUCAAGCAGGCUCUCGACUUAGUCCUCUAA